AUGACGGAGAAAGCAAGCUUUCUGGAAGCAUACUCUCCGUGGCCCUCACGGAGUACCACCCCAAAGCCCGCUGCUACUGGCCAGGAGAAGAAGGUAGCGAAGGACGAUAGCAGUGUACCCUCCAAAAGCAGCCAGACUCUUCAAGAUCACGCCACAACCCACCGAUACUAUCCUAGCUCAAAGGACUAUCCGAGAGAUUGUCCAAGACUAAACACGAGGUGGUUCUACGCAACUGAUGCACCUAAAGCGAAAGCCCAGUAUGCAAAUACAUCAAAGGAUCACGAGACGCUACCAAAGCCCAAGAAAUAUUCCGCAUUCUCCUAUCGAGACUCCUACGCAAUAGAAAAGGCUUUCUCUGAUUUGGUGGAAAAAGAAGCUCUCGAGCGCAGUAAAACGGCAAAUGAUGCUGCCGAGCUGGGCCAUAAACGCAGCCAAUCCCUAGCGGAUGUGGACUUGGGUGAACAAGGUAAUGACAUAGGGCCGACAACUUCGAGCAAUGAAGCUUCUAUAAAGGUUCCGGUCAAUGAAGACUUUUUAUUUGAUGUUGACAUCAAGAAACGAGAACUGGGCCCGGCGUACUGGCUUGGUCCAAUUUAUGGUGUUCGCAGAGGAAGUUGGUUCUAUCAAGAAGGAUCAAAUUUAAGGCCUUGCGACGAAAACCUUGCGGGCCAGCUUGAGCAAGGCUAUUUAAAAGUAAAGCCCUGGCAAAAUCCGCCUGAUGGAAAGCAGUCCAGAGAACCCUCACCAAAGCCAAAGCCAGGGUCAGAGCAAGCGGACUCGCCGGAAAAGGACAACAUAGAUGGGAGCUCUCCCAAAUGCGUGACAGAUGGAAAGAAGGAGGAGCUGCCGGUUACCAAAAAGUUCGAAUUGCAGACGCAACGUCUGUUUGGUUCGUACAUGAACUCAGUCGUAACGUAUCAGGAUGGUAUGACAGCAUGGCUUCUUACCGAUGACUUUCUCUCUCGAAUGAGUAGCACGGUCUACCAAAGAUUUGCAGGCGGCGGACAUCUAGGAGGCGUAAAGGUAGUCCGAGGCUUUAAAGAAACCAGCAAGGGAAAGGACGGGAAGAAAGAUGAAGAAGAUUCGAAAAGAAAAUCAGCGGUACCCGAAGAUACAGAACCUACCCCUGAAACUUCCGAAGCGGACAAGGAAGACCCUUCAAUUCUUAAGCUGGAGAAGCAAAUGUCAAAUUUAGAUCCCGAACAGCAAGAAGCGGAGGCUCGUCAACGGGACGAAGCCGAGAUCAAGGACGGUUAUAAGCAAGCAGAAGGAGAGGAUCAAGAACGCGAGAUCGAGCAUCUUGUCCUGGUGACUCACGGCAUAGGGCAGAAAUUGGGCAUGAGACUUGAAAUGUUGAACUUCAUUGCGGACGUAAAUACGUUGCGGAAGAAUAUCAAAGCAGUCUAUGGAGCAUCACCUGACCUUCAACUUCUUAACUCAGAAAUGGAAAAGCCAGAAAAUAGUCGUAUCCAGGUACUCCCAAUUGUCUGGCGUCAUCUUCUAGACUUCCCGAAACAGAGUUACAAGAGCAAUCGAGAACAGGACCUUGCGGAUACAACCGAGGAAGAUGAGUACCCUAGUCUGGAGAACAUCACGCUUGAACCUCCCACUAUAAUCCGAACAGCAAUCAGAGAUCUGGGGUUAGACAUUUUGAUGUAUCAAAGCGCCUAUCGUGAGCAUAUCUCAGAAAUCGUCGUGCGUGAAUGCAACCGAGUCUACGAUAGCUUCAAACAGCGAAACCCAGAAUUUCGCGGGAAGGUCAGCCUCUUGGGACAUUCACUGGGCUCGGCAAUUCUCUUCGAUGUACUCUGUCACCAAAAAGAUCCAAAUCAGACCGCCUCUCGCUCUCGGAAUUCUUCCUUAAACAAGCGAACUUCCAGCAUGACCAGCUCUAGCCUCGAGCUCAAUUUCGAAGUUGAGGAUUACUACUGCCUUGGAUCACCCUUGGGUCUCUAUCAAAUGCUCAAUGGCCGCAAGAUCGUUGGCCGUCGACCUUUGCAAAGUCCGAUCAAAUCCAACUCACCCCUAACAGACGACCCAUUCCUGGCCGCAACAUCUACGGAUCCGACAACUACUUCCUCCAAUUCCUUCGCCAUAAGCGCCUCCUCUCCCAAGUGCGCGCAACUCUUCAACAUCUUCCAUCCUGCUGACCCGAUCGCCUACCGUAUCGAGCCCCUCAUUUCCACAGCUAUGGCGGAACUAAAACCUCAGCCACUUCCCUAUACCAAGCGCGGCAUCCUCGACAUCCAGGGUCAAGGCCUCUCUGCUCUUGGUAAUCGUGUUGGCCAAAGCGUCUCUGGCCUCUGGUCGUCUGUGACUAGCGGCAUGGCAUCCUCGCUGCUGAAUCGCACGCUAGGUCUACCACCGGAUGCCCAAACACAGGCCGCGGUGGCUGCGACGCCUGUAAUUCAAACGAAACCCGACGCUAAAGUCACAGGCUCCGAACAGGGCAAAGCGGAAGAAGAGGCGCAUGAGCCGCCUCCGACGCUGAUUGACGAGGAGCUUGAAACUCUGUACGCAGGCUUUGAGAAGUCAAGGAAGCUGACGCAAAGCGAUGAGUCCCGCGAUCUAGGUGAGAGCUCUCAGUGGGCAGAGGCUGAGCAGAAGGCGAAGAGAUUAAAGAGGGAGGAGGCGAAGGUUCGGGCGCUGAAUUCGAAUGGGAGGGUGGAUUUUUCUAUACAGCCGGGUAUGUUCGACAUGACGAACCCGAUGGCGAGUAUAGCGUCUCAUCUAUCUUACUGGAGCGACGAGGAUGUGAGUCACUUCAUGGUUUCCCAGCUAUUGAGUCGACAGCGGGUGUUGAAGCGAUGA